AUGGCUAUCCAGCCCGAGAGUGGCAUAGUGAUUGUAGGCGCGGGGUGCUUUGGUCUCUCCACGGCAUACCACCUCUUGAGGCGAGGAUAUACCAAGAUAACGGUCCUUGACCGCUCGCCAGUGCUCCCGGCACCGGAAGCCGCGAGUACAGACAUCAACAAGAUCGUACGCAGUUGCUACGCAGACAUCUUCUACUCCAAGCUCGCCCGCGAUGCUAUCGCGAAAUGGAAAAAUGCCACCGAGUGGGCAGACUGCUACCGCGAGUCGGGCGUCCUCGUCCUACUCACCGGCGAAGGGUCAUACGGAGACCUCGCUCUUGUGAAUGACCGUGCCCUCGGUGCACGCACUGUCCUACUUCCAGCCGGCUCCACGAAUACUGUGCCGUCGGACCCGUCUUCACCUGCCUUGCCGCCUGUUGUGCAGAAUCUGCUCCAGGACAAGUCGGGAUAUAUCAAUGAAGACAGCGGUUGGGUGCACUCCUCACGCGCGGUGGAGCUGCUCAUCGACAAGGUCAAGAGUCUGGGCGGAAACAUACUUCCGGGAAAGGCGGUAGCGCACCUCAUCAAGGAUCCCCAUGGGAAGACGAACGGCGUUAAGUGCGCGGACGAGAGCGAGUACAAGGCGGACUGUGUGGUCCUAGCGGCUGGAGCGUGGACCGCCUCUGCUUUCCCGGAGUUGGACCUUGAAGAGACAUGCGUGGCUACUGCGCAAGUUGUGGGCAAGAUUCAACUAACGCCAGAAGAGGCACAAGCCUACCGCGCGAACCCGGUCUACCUCGACCUGGACAGCGGGUUCUAUAUGUUCCCACCAAACGACCAAGACGUCGUCAAAUGCGCUGUCCACGCCGCCGGCUUCACCUACCGACCCACAUCCACCUCCGCCUCCACGCCCAUCUUCCUCAAGCCCCCGAACGAGAAGGACACCAGCCACGGACACUUCGAGACCGCCGUCCCCAAAGCAGCUCUGCAAGAGCUGCGGGCAGGCCUGGCAAAUACGUUCCCCGCACUUGCAGACAAGCCGUGGGCAGGGGCGCGGAUGUGCUGGUACACGGACUCUGCGGACGAGGACUGGGUCAUCGGCUUCCAUCCGCGGGACCCAGGUGUCAUGUUGGCCACUGCUGGCAGCGGGCACGCACUCAAGUUUCUUCCUAACAUUGGAAGUCUGGUGGCGGACGCGAUGGAGGGCAAGAUGGACGCGGAGCUAGUGAGAAAGUUCGCCCUGGAUCGCGCCAAGAACGACGUCCCCGUGAGCAGACCAGGCAAGGAACAGAGCGAGCUAGACCUCAGUGAUAUCGUCAGCAGCGAAUGA